AAUGGGCUGGCGGCGCCCGCAUGACCCGCGCUGGCGGGAGGGCGUGAGGAGGCAGGCCGGGUGCGCACGCUGCCGGGUCGUAUAGCCGCCUCUGCUACCUCCGGGACGGGAAGUGAGUGGCCGGGGUCCGGAGUGCGAUCAAGCCAGUAAGUGGGUCCCGCGGCUCUCUGCACCCGGGACGAAGCAUGGCGGCCGCCAAGGUGGCUUUAACCAAGAGAGCAGAUCCAGCUGAGCUAAGAACAAUAUUUGUGAAGUAUGCAAGCAUUGAAAAAAAUGGUGAAUUUUUCAUGUCUCCCAAUGACUUUGUCACUCGAUAUUUGAACAUUUUUGGAGAAAGCCAACCUAAUCCAAAGACGGUGGAACUUAUAAGUAGUAUGGUUGAUCAGACCAAAGAUGGAUUAAUAUCCUUCCAAGAAUUUGUAGCAUUUGAAUCUGUCCUGUGUGCCCCUGAUGCUUUGUUCAUGGUGGCUUUUCAGUUGUUUGACAAAGCAGGCAAAGGAGAAGUCACCUUUGAGGAUGUUAAGAAAGUUUUUGGACAGACCACAAUUCAUCAACAUAUUCCUUUUAACUGGGAUUCCGAAUUUGUGCAACUACAUUUUGGAAAAGAAAGAAAACGACACCUGACAUACGCGGAGUUCACUCAGUUUUUACUGGAAAUGCAGUUGGAGCAUGCAAAGCAAGCGUUUGUGCAGCGCGACAGUGCCAAGACUGGAAGAGUCACAGCCAUUGACUUCCGAGACAUCAUGGUCACCAUCCGACCCCACGUCUUGACACCUUUUGUAGAGGAAUGUCUAGUAGCUGCUGCCGGAGGUACUACAUCCCAUCAAGUUAGUUUUUCCUACUUUAAUGGAUUUAAUUCGCUCCUUAACAACAUGGAACUCAUUAGAAAGAUCUACAGUACUCUGGCUGGCAACAGGAAAGAUAUUGAAGUGACAAAAGAGGAGUUUGUUCUGGCAGCUCAGAAAUUUGGUCAGGUUACACCCAUGGAAGUGGACAUCUUGUUUCAGUUAGCAGAUUUAUAUGAGCCACGGGGACGACUGACUUUAACAGACAUUGAACGAAUUGCUCCUCUGGAAGAGGGAACUCUGCCCUUCAAUAUUGUUGAGGCCCACAGGCAGAAAGCCUCGGGAGACACAGGUCGUCCAGUUCUCCUGCAGGUUGCAGAGUCGGCUUACAGGUUUGGCCUGGGUUCUAUUGCCGGAGCUGUUGGAGCCACUGCUGUGUAUCCUAUUGAUCUUGUAAAAACUCGAAUGCAGAAUCAACGAUCAACUGGCUCUUUUGUAGGAGAACUUAUGUAUAAAAACAGCUUUGACUGUUUUAAGAAAGUGCUACGCUAUGAAGGUUUCUUUGGACUGUAUAGAGGUCUGUUGCCACAGUUAUUGGGAGUUGCCCCAGAGAAGGCUAUAAAACUUACAGUGAAUGAUUUCGUAAGGGAUAAGUUUAUGUGCAAAGAUGGUUCGGUCCCACUUGCAGCAGAAAUUCUUGCUGGAGGCUGUGCAGGAGGCUCCCAGGUGAUUUUCACCAAUCCAUUAGAAAUAGUCAAGAUCCGUUUGCAAGUGGCUGGAGAAAUCACCACUGGUCCUCGAGUCAGUGCUCUGUCUGUCAUGCGGGACCUGGGCUUCUUUGGGAUCUACAAGGGUGCCAAAGCAUGCUUUCUGCGGGACAUUCCUUUCUCGGCCAUCUACUUCCCAUGCUAUGCUCAUGUGAAGGCUUCCUUUGCAAAUGAAGAUGGGCAGGUUAGCCCCGGAAGCCUGCUCUUGGCUGGAGCUAUUGCUGGUAUGCCUGCGGCAUCUUUAGUGACCCCUGCUGAUGUUAUCAAGACGAGAUUACAGGUGGCUGCCCGGGCUGGCCAAACCACUUACAGUGGAGUUAUAGACUGCUUCAGAAAGAUACUACAGGAAGAAGGUCCAAAAGCUUUGUGGAAAGGAGCUGGUGCUCGUGUAUUUCGAUCCUCACCACAGUUUGGUGUCACUUUGCUGACUUAUGAAUUGUUACAGCAAUGGUUCUACAUUGAUUUUGGGGGAGUAAAACCCACGGGACCAGAAACAGUCCCUAAAUCCAGGAUCGCACUGCCAGCUCCUAAUCCUGAUCACGUUGGAGGCUACAAAUUGGCGGUAGCAACUUUUGCAGGGAUUGAAAACAAAUUUGGACUUUAUCUACCUCUCUUCAAGCCACAUGCAUCUACCUCAAAAGUUAUCAGCGGAAGCCCAUAGGAGGACCAGCCCCGGGUAUUGCUGAAACAUUGUGAUUACAGCAGUGAAGA